AACAUUACGGUUAUUCCGUCUUCGACCAUUUUUGUGAAACAUUACGACUGAAUGGUGGUUGAUGAUGGUGUGCAGACAUAUAAUUUCGUAUGGCGAAUAAAAUCGUUCCAGCAUAACGUUUUUAGUUUGCCACAGUGGUGGGCCGUGUAAUGUUGUCUGUUGUGGAGGAUAAGUGACACAGUGUUCGCAAAUUGAAUCGUCUGGAUUGAUAAAAUUGAUUUCUAUUGAUAUGUAAUCUGACGAAAAUAUAUUUUUGUUUCGUUAAGAUUUGUGGUACGAGUGACAAAAAAUAAGAGACCAACACAUGAUAUUUAAAGGCUCGAAAGACAGUUGUCUUAUCGCUUCGAGGUCGCUAAAAUUAAGUGCGAAUUUAAUUAUAGAAAUUGUCAUGCAAUCGAUGCGUAACAAAUUAUAAAAGAACUUCCGGAACUAUGCCCAGGUCUUGAGUGUAUGUGGUGCGGGUAAAUUAAUAUUUUUCUAGUAAAAUAUCAGCGAACAAAAAGUGUGUAAUCAAAUACUCAGUUAAUAUCGUCGAAUGGUGUUCAUUGUAUGUCUCCCAGUUUACGUUGAAAACAAAAGCCGAAGAAGUUCAGCGUUUUUCUUUCUUUCUUUCAUCGUUUUAGAUGGAUAAAUACAACACAAUGUAAUCAAAACGUAAUUUAAUCCUGAUGCUAUUAUGAACCAACUAAAAACGAAACAUAAUGCAAAAUAGCUGAGAUCGGUCGGAAUUGUACAUGCAGCAUAUGUAAAAUAGUUGAGUACGACAGAGAUCUGUAAAACAUUGUCAGUGUUGCAGAAACUUGGUGAAUUGAAGAAGGACUUUAGGAAUUUGUUUUGCCUAGUGCAGACUGUGUAGUGUUAGUGUAUACAAGUUUACAUUUAAAAACAUUUAGUUCUAAAAGCAAGCGUGAAAUAUUGUUCGGAAUGAAAUAAUUAUGAAGUGAAUGGAAUGAAUACGACAAAGAGCUGACCGUUGACUUGGAUAAAAGUGAUAAAAAUUGUCGUUGGAACAAUGUGAGAUAUCUUGUACAGAAAUAUGAAUUUCAACUAAACAACCGAAGCGCUUCACACCAAAUAAAAAAAAACCAUCCAUAAUGCUUCAAAGCCCGUCGAAAUGCCAUCAAAAUCCACUUUCACAAUUUUUCGCCCUGCAUUCGUCUCAAUCACUCCAUCAUCAGUCCAUGUCGAUUAAAAAUGAAAUGGAAAACGAGACCAGCCAUCGAACACAUUUAGAAUCAUUUAACGGCAACAUAGGAAAGUCAUUUACGAUCGCUGCCAUACUUGGAUUGAAGAAAAAUGCUGCAGCCGCCAUGGAACAUCAUCAGCAGCACAACAGUAAAGAAUUUGCUGUAAUGAAUUUGUCGUUGAACAAUCACAGUAUCAUGAAGAAUAGCUUAAAUAAUCGUAACUACGAUGGUGACAGUAAUUUAUUGAAUGCGAAUCGAAUGCCAAUUGGAUUGCCACAAAAUUUUAGUUCUCAUAUUCAUACAUCCCAUCAGCAGCAUAAUAAUGCAAAUGUAAUUCACAAUUUGCAACAGCAGCUCCAUCAACAUCAUAGCGGACACAGUAGCUUCCAUGGUAGAGAAAAAAGUAAAGGGGACCAUUCCACUUCGAAGAAAAACUCAUUAAAAAGUAAACGCGUUCGAACGAUAUUCACACCAGAGCAACUGGAGCGACUGGAAUCGGAAUUCGAACGUCAACAGUAUAUGGUUGGUCCAGAACGACUAUAUUUAGCGCACACACUUCAAUUAACCGAAGCUCAAGUAAAAGUCUGGUUCCAAAAUCGUAGAAUUAAGUGGCGAAAACACCAUCUCGAAUUGACACAACAGCGUUUAGCGAUAAUCCGUCAACGACAAAUACCGAACGCACUUCCUAUACCAGAACAACAAGAUCCUCAUCCACAAGAUGCCGAAUUGUCUGUGUGCACGGAUUCAAUGGACGAGGGGGGUAGUAUGCACGAUGGCGAUGUAUAGAGAUGGCAAACUAUCCCGCUUUAUCGGACGGAUAUAUGUGACUGAUAUUAUAUCAUCUGGGACAACACAAUAAAGCGAAAAAUAUUCAUGUUGAAACUAUAAUGACGUAAUAGAUGUUGUACCUGUUCGUACUGAUGAUAAUGUUUGACGUCUGUGAAUUGCUAACAAUAUAUAUACGAACACGAUUGGAUUUUUGUGGCCCCACCAUAAUGACACCUCACAAUUCUUCGUAAUCCAUCAAUAUACAGGGAAUGAUAAAAAAAUUUACCUUCUUAGAAAUGAUUAAUUAUGUUGAACACGUUUUUAUUUUUUAAUUUUAAGU